AUGGUAGUGAAAAUAGCAAUACCAAAAUGUAUAAGUCUUAUUGAAAUGAAUGUUAUAACGCAGAGCAGGCUGCAUGGUCUGGAAGCGGAUACACAGGCUCCGGACCCAAGAAACCCUGGCAAUGGCGCUAGGAACUUCACUUCCCGCGUCAGCAGUCCAAUGGUUUCUGCGGGAGCCGCUGCUGCAGAUCCAGAAAAUAAACGGCAGUAUCAGGAAAAGCGUCGUCGUCACGUCACAGACCAAGCUGACCCCGAGGUCAAACGACCGAGAGUAAAAGACGAGCCGCCGGAAGCAACAGAGGCACAUGGGAAGAACAGAGCAGUCCCAUUAAAAGUGCGUGGUAUUACAUGCAAAGAUGUUUUCGUUAAUGGACGCGAAGGACUGUUGGUGACAGUUUCUUGGGAGAAGAGAUCUUGUGAAUCCAAGCCCGAAUUCAAAACUGAAAGCAAAGAUGCUGCAGUACCGACCAUCGCCGAACUGCAAGAUAAUCAAAAUGCCCAAAGGACUGAUCAUCAGACGGUACAUAAGACGGAAUCCAUCUAUUAUAAUGCUAUAGAAGUUUCCAGAACCGAUGGUGCAAAACAACGAGAAGAAUGGGUCCUAUUGAAAGCAAAUAAUGUCCAAUGUGACUGCACUGCGAUCUGUGUCAAAGAUCUGGACAAAGUCAAGCCUAGAUCUUUCAGUUCUGAAGAUUCAGGUCUCCUGCAGAAACAAAUUUGCAGCACACUGCACAGCAUGGCUGUGUCGGACCACCUUCCUGGCACUGUGCCCAGUGACAGACACCAAUGUAACCACAUAGUUCCACACUCAGCCACAUAGAGGUUCUAUAAGUUCCUGUCCAACACCACUUCUUUUCGUCUGUUUAUUGUGUACUAUUGAGCGGGACACUGCCAGUGUGAGUGCUGUUACCGGAGAUAAUUAUGUGUUACCUGAAACCCUGAAUGAAAUGUGUGGAAAUGUGAGUGUGCCAAUGCUUACAGUUUAGCUACUCAGAGCGAAAUUGUGGCUCAAAUAUGAGUUGGACAAGCUAUCGCUACAAACGGGGAAGGAACAGUGAAAGACAAUCUAUACAUUUUGCAAGAAGAUGAAGACUUCAUGAUAUUUUAUAAUGACUCUUUUUCUGUU